ACACGGCACAUGGGAGGGGAGGAAAGAGGGGGAGAGGAGGAGGAGAAGAGGGGGCGAAGAGAGGGAGAAGAGGGGGAGAGGAGUAGGAGAGGAGGGGGAGAGGAGGGGGAGAAGGGGGGAGAAGAGGGGGAGACGAGGGGGAGAAAGAGAGGGAGAGGAGGGGGAGAGGAGGGGAGAAGAGGGGUAGAGGAGGGAGAGAAGAGGGGGAGAGGAGGGGGAGAAGAGGGGGAGAGGAGGGGGAGAGGAGGGGGAGAAAAGGAGGGGGAAGGAGGGGGAGGGGGGAGAAGGAGGGGAGGGGGGGAGAAGAGGGGGAGAGGAGGGGAGAAGAGGGGGAGAGGAGGAGGAGAAGAAGGGGACGAAGAGGGGAAGAGGGGAGAGGAGGAGGAGAGGAGGGGAGUGGAGGGGGAGAAGGGAAGAGAAGAGGGGGACGAGGGGGAGAAGGGAGGGAGACGAGGGGGAGAGGAGGGGGAGAAGAGGGAAGAGGAGGGGGAAGAGGGGAGAAGAGGGGGAGAAGAGGGGGAGAAAGGGGGAGAAGAGAACGAGAAGAGGUGGAGAAGAGGGGACGAAGAGUGGGAGAAGAGAGGUCCAGAAAUGCGGGUAGGGGCCGCCGCCUCAAGGGGGGUCAUGGCGGAGGAAAGAGUGGUGGGGGUGGUGGGGGUGGUGGGGGUGGUGGAGGUGGGGGCAGGUGGUUCAGACGAGGGGACUGGGGCUGAUCUACAAGCGCCAGAAGUAGCUGCUGCCAAUGCCAACCAUUCAACCUACUUAUAGGGCCUACAUGUGGCUACCUGUGGGAGAUGGUUCCCACUACAGGGUUGCUACGCCAUGCAUUUCCGUUCUUACAUCACAACAUCAUCAGCACGUCUUUACACACUCAACAAUCGACCACCAAUUGCACAU